AUGAAGCGCUCUUCACUGACACUUGCUGGGGGCAGUCAUGUGAUCACAGCAGAGGCAGUUCUUGUGAGGGCGAAGUGUUUCCUUGACUUGGCCUCAGGGAAAGUGCACAAGGGGACACAUGGAGCUCCAAACCCUCCAGCCCCGUCGGCAACUUCUCAGACGCGCCUGGGACGCAGCGCGCAUGCACGCAGAGGGAAUGAGUAUGGCCACCGCUGCGCUUUUCUCCGGGCUCUCUCUAAUAUGACUUCUCCCCCCCCCCCGAAUUUAUUUAAAAGAAAUACAGUUUAACACAAACCCACGAUGGAGUCUGAGGAGAGCAAGAUAUCAGUGUGGGUCUGCCGAGAAGAAAAGCUCGUCCUCGGCUUGUCAAAGCGCACAACCUGCGCUGAUGUUGUCAAAGUGCUUCUGGAGGACCAAAACUCCCAGCAUGGCCUUUCCGCAGCACAGUCGUACUGCAUCGUGGAGAAAUGGAGAGGCUUCGAGAGGAUCCUGCCGAACAAAACCAAGAUUUUACGGCUCUGGGUCGCGUGGGCAGACGAGCAGAGGAACGUGAAGUUUGUGUUGGUGAAAAGCGAGGCGUCUCUGGCGAACCACGGAGCCCGCAGCGCGGAGGCGCGUGUGGUGCUGAGCAGACAGAGCCCCUGCGUUACAAAGGGCACCGCGCGGUCUCCCACGGGGAGCAUCUCGCCCGAAAAGCAGCGCCGGAUUGUCAGGAAAGCUUUCAGGAAGUUGGAGAAGAUCAAUAAGAAGAGGGCGCAGGCGGCGCACAGAGACGCGUCCUCUGCGGAGAAGAUGGAAACUUUGGUGCAUCUGGUGGUUUCUCAGGAUCACACCAUCCGCCAGCAGAUUCAGAGGGUUGAAGAGCUGGACGCAGAGAUCGAAAGGUGCGAGGCGAAGGUGCAUUUUGACAGAAUCCAAAGGCACGGGAUCAAUUACGUUCAGGACACGUAUUUGGUGGAGGAUGCUGCAGCUUCCAGCCGAGACGAAGACCGGCUGUGUUCAGCUGCGACUCUUGCCGAGUUUCAAGAGUACGCCCGGCAGUGCGAGGAGGUGGUCAGACUACAAGAGGAGCUGUGGGGGCAGGAAGCUCUUAUAGACACCAUCACUGUGCAGAUCCAGGAGGAGCUGAACCACCGCUGGAUGCAGCGGAGGAAAGAGGAGCUGCUGAGCAAAGGCACGGAACCCGGCGAGGGCGCACGGUGGGCCCCCAGCGCCCAGGCAGACGCAGCAUCGGAGAGCGAGCUGCGUUUGGAAGAAGGCAGGAUCAAAACGCAGCUAGAUGUGAGUUUGUACAUCGGCCUGCGCCUCAACGGGGAUUUAGAAGCUAUUAGGAGCGAUUUGGAGCUGACCCAGGAGAUUUGCGGGGCGAGGGAGAAGGAGAUGAGGGAUUUGCUGGAGAAAGUGAACACUUUGGACAUAGAGCGAGGGACAGCCAGUGGGGAGAAAUGUAGCCACGGGACAGAUGAUAAGACGGGCAUGAUGAGCACUUUGGAGAGGAAAAGCGAGUGGGUGGAGCAGGCGAGGGGUCUGUCAAAAGCUCGCAGCGGGAACGACGACGACUCAGACACUGGCUUAAGUUCUCUGCACAGCCAGGACUCAGACAGCCACCCGGUGUGGGAGUCACUGGUUUAGGAUUUUGCCAGGGAGGUCUGUUUUAUCUGUGACAUUUUUUCACCAGAAAACAAGAAGAACUUCUGCAGACUCAGGGAUCAUAUUUACUCUGAAAUAAACGAAAAUUCAGUAUAACAUUUCCCAAUACAUGGCAGUGGAAUACUUCAUGGUGUUUUUUUAAUAUUUGUAUGGCAUCAUAAUAAUCCCCAUAUAACCCCUCAUUUUUUAUAACAUCCUUCUUAAACCAGCUGAAGAACAAAUAGUUGUUUUUUGUUGGGAUAAUAAGUGUUUCUCACCAAGAAAGAUGUUGUUUUGACAUAAAUAAAAAAAAACACUGUUUUUGAAGCUUGAGUUCAUGUGUUCCUCUAUUCUCUUGUGAAUGUCUGAUUCAGGACGGCAGGCUGCCAGUUAAGAGAUGAAAUGUGAUCAAACUAUGAAAUAUGUCGAGUCCCUCGGUGGUCAAAAGCAGAUCCUUUCCUCAACCUCACACCUCAGGGACAGCAGGGUUGACACGGCCAAAACACAAAGUCACAUGUGGUUGGGAUUAUUCUGCGGCUCGUCAACAUCUCAGUUCUCACUGUGACCCAGACACCAAGCGAUAAAGGAGAGACCUCUUCGCUGCGAGUCGCAACGUCAUAAUAAUAUCUGAAGUCAAAACAGAGGCACACAGCUCAUAUAGGAGGUCUGCUCUACAUCCUGGACGACUCACUAAGCAGAAAUGACCUUUCUGUCACAGAUGAUAAGAAGUGACGUCUCGCACGCAGGCAUGAGCAGCAGCUUUUGUCCCCCACUCGGUUAAUGGGUCUUAAUCCACAGCGGCUGCUUUUGAACAGCUGAACCUCUUCAAGGUUUUUUACAUGAAUCAAAGUAUCAAAGUUUUGAGACAGCAGCACACAGCCUCCAAACGUUAUUUGCCAGCCUUUCAUUAAAAAAAAAAAAAAAAACAAGCCUCUCUGUAUUUGCAGAUAACUGAAAGCCCUUUUGAGGCUUCAGCAUUCUUCAACAGUCACUAUGGAAAUGAUACUGUGGUCCAGCGAAUAUGUCUGGCAGUGUUUCUUUUCAUAUUGUAUGAAAAUUUAUUAGCCUACACAUACUUCGGGCUCCAGUGUUACUGUGUACCAAACAUUUGCUCCUAAGUUUUACAGAAACAAGUCUAAGUAACUAUAAACUAGUCAGAAACCGACAUCUUGUCAGAAAAAAAAGAAAAAAAAAGUUCAGUGUGAUUUCAGCUUCGUAGCAUGGAACGUGGUGGACUCACUUUUUCUUUUAUAAUGCUGCUAAACCUCACAGAUAAACUUCUGAGUUUGAUUUGUUGCCCUGAAACGUCGUCCAAGGCCUUGUAACAUAUACACUUGUGCUCCGUUUAUAUACAGUACGGGUGUAGAUGACAUCCCUGCUGUCCUCUGCAGCCACUGAACACCACCUACCACCUGAAGCUGAGUGAGAGAAUCAAUCCUGAAUUUAUUUACUGUUAGAAAAAGCGUCAUAGAUUGAAACAAAGUUGAAACCGUAUUGAGUUUCCUCCCUUGAUAAACCUGCCCAGGUGCAGCUAUAUAACUGAAUACACAGUGACAAAAGUAUACAUUACUACCCGUCAUCGGAGUUGUAUACCUACUUAAUAGGUGUAUUGAAUCAUUCAAAACCACAGGAAGACAAAAGAUGAACAUAGUGGUUUAUCAGCAUAUACAGUGACUGAGUGACAUAGUGGCAAAGAAAAUGAAUAUUGGAGGAUCAUUUGGUGUAAAGCCUGAGUUCCCAAUGUACCGUGUUACAGAAGGAAAUGUUUAUUAUCAUAAUGACGUUUUGCUCAGACUCUGAGUACUUUACUCUUUCAGUGAUUUUCUGUCUAUCACUUUUAAUAGUUGUUAGAAAACUUCUAAUAAUCACUAUGAUUGUGCAGUAUUUGACAUGUGCCUUGAGUUCCCACAUAUGAGCUAGUGAAACAAAACUUUUUUUUUUGUUUUUUUAUGUUUUAACGCUUAAAAAGGAAACAGAUGCAGAAGCUGAGAACAAAAUUUGAGCAAAAAAGCAAACAAACAAAAAAAAAAAAACAAUAGUGGAUUUUUGUGCUCUGUUAAGAUGUUUUAUACUUUAAAACUUUUUACAAUUUUGUACAUUUUAGAAUGAAAAUCAAAAUAUAAAGCAGAGUGCAGAUUAUGAGACUGACCACUCCUCAGGCAUGGCAGUAAAAUAAAAUCCUGCUGAAAACGUUAAAAUGUGAAUGUUAGAUAUAAUUCAUAGUAUAGGGCAAACUAUGUCAAAACUAAUUCUAAUAACAUUAAUGUGCUUGCCUUUUCCUCCCUGCAUGUUUUUUGCUUUCGAAUCCUUUGUUAUACUAUGUUAUAUGCCCCAAUUUGAUGGCAAAAUCAUAUGUAUGAGAGUCUUAGAUAAAUCCCUGCCCUAACAGUUUGCAUCCAUCUUAAUGGAUACGGGUAUUUAAGUCUUAAACUAUGGGUGAAAGGACAUAUUGUGUCCUUUAGUGAGGGAAAGCUCUUUGUAUGCUAUUCAAACUAAAAGGUAUUGAAAUGCCAUGACAACAGUCCAGACGGGUAACCUUUGGCAAGGAACUGGAGCCUUGCUAGGUUUUUUGUGAUUAAGAGAAAAAAAAAAGAAAAAAAAAACGGAACAGCUUUAGUGUGCAGUGCAGCAGAGAACUGCUUCGAGAACAUGCUCCGGGCUGCUCGUGUUAACUAAUGUAUCUACAGCUGCCGAUUUUCAGAGGCUCUGUCUGCGUGCACUAAGUUGUUUCUGUCUUGCAGCUGAGGUCUUGGAUAUACCUUUUUUACAAAAAGGAUACAAAAAAGAUACAAAAAAGAAAAAUGAUCUGAGUGAAGACAAGAUGUUUCUGAUGAGGAAGAGGUUGAGGGAUGUGAGUUUUGGACACAUCAACACCUCACUACGAUUCAGGAGCCUCCUAGUGGCUCAGAGGCCCUGAACACUUCAAGGGGCAGGUCUGCAACUACUGAUUAUUUUCAUUCACUGUUAAUCGUUUAAUGCAGAAAAUGUAUCAGUAAUGUGUCAUGACAGUUAUUUUCUGCUCAUCGACUUAUUUUUUCAACUCUACCAUUGAUCAUAGAGAUUUUCUAGGGCCACGGACAUACAUGUAGUCUAUGUUCCUCUCAAUGAAAAGAAGACGCAUGUAACAUUCAGCUUUAUUCCGGACGGGGACGGUCAAAUGUAAUGCAAACUGUUGUUAAAGGUAACAGCUACAGUCAUUAGGAUUCACCACAGCAAUAAGAUUAAUAACCAUAAACCCUGAUGAUGGUCGAGAAUAAUUGCUGUCCAAGGACAAUAUACACAUAUGAUCAGUUUACACGCAACAGUUUCUCCCUUCAUAUUGAAACUGUUUUUGUUCUCCAGUUUUUCUAGCUCUGAAAUAGUAAGAAGGGUCCUCUGCAAGUACAAAGCUCACAAAUUUCAUGGACUAGACUUUCUUAAUGCAAGUGUGGACAUUUUCUCAUGCAUUGUUUAUGGCAGGUGGACUCUGUAGAGUGCUCCGCAGCCUCCUCCUUCGACGUGUGUUCUUGUGUGUGUGUCGUUGUUCAAAAAAGGACACAGAUACUGUACUCUCCCUCACUUGCAGACUCAACAACCUACUGUGUUAUUCUACUGCCAGAGCAGCAGAAGUGACCCAGAGAAACUCCAAGGCUCCACACAGCAGGAAGUACAAUACUGCCUCCAAGGCCAGGCACAUCUCUCCAUCCUGUCAGCAGUUUGUAACCACCUAAUGUCAGGGUGAAGUUUUUUUUUUUUUUGCUGCACCCUGCUCCCGUUUUACUGUCCUAUGGAUGAUGGUGUUACUGACCUCAGUCUGAUCAUAGAAGCCUCAACACAGGUUUUAUGUGCAUGAGGGAGCUCAUAUGAUCUCCAACAUGAUUUGAGAUACUAACAAACAAACACUAGCAAAUGGUGCAGCACAGUUGUGCCAACUAUCAAACAACCUUGUACUGAUGUUGCAGAUGAAUGUGGUUUACUGAAGAGGAAGGCCCCAUGAGAAUCUGUAGACGAAAACGUUUACAUUCCUUUUGUGUCCCACUGUUUUUGAAAAAAGGCACCAAGGGCUAUGCUGUUUCUUUCCUGCAUUUAUAUAAAUUACAUUAAUCGAGAAAAAAUAGCAAAUUACGGUGAAAGUGGUUAUUGUGCUUUGCAUUAUAAUGAUAAUAUACCUGCUACAUUAAGAUCUAUAAUGUAGUAUUUGCAUCUUUACUAGACAUAGCUAUGACCUUUACUAUCUUAUCUUUGAUAUUAAAUAUGGCAUA